AUGGUGACGUGCGACAAAGUUUUUCGACGAGAUGGUAAAAGUCUGCGUACAGCCAGUGCUGAGUUCGGUAUACUGAGGUCACCUCUUCAGGACAAGCUUCAUGGAAGGGUUCCUGAAGGAAGAAAAAUAAGUCCAAAUACCGUUUUAACAACAGCUGAAGAGGAUAUGCAAGAGAAAUGGAUUCUUGAUUUAUCCAUGACCGGCCGUCCUAGAAAGAAAACUGAUGUGACAAACACAGUGAAACGAAUAAUAGAUGAAGAUGGUCAGAAAAAUCUCCUCAGAAACAACUGUUUGGGUGAAACGUGGUACAAGAGAUUUCUUGUGAGACAUCCCUCAAUUUCUGUACCUACUGUUGAAACAAUAAACAAAGCAAGAGCUGGAUUGACUGAAGCUAACAUAAAAAGCUGGUUUAAGGGGUUGCACGAUUACCUUGAGACGGAAACCUGUCGGUCCAUUUUGGAGAAUAUAAGCUGAAUAUUUAAUUCUGACGAGACCAACUUUCAACUAUGAGCUAAAAGUGGAAAAAAAUCAAAAACUUUUGAUGAAUAUGUGGCUAAUGUUUUGCAUCCUCGGCUCUCAGAGAAUGCAGUACCACUUCUAGUGUUACUUGUAGUUGAUGGACAUAAAACACACUUGACAUAUCAUCUUAAAGUCUAG